AUGAGACUGUCAUCGAACACCGUACUCUUGUCACUGCUAACAUUCAUCUGCUGUCACAAUGAUGAUGGAUCCAAUUUUGCUGAAGCAUCAAAGCUUCGACGAGGAAGUGCCAAGCGGAAUGAAGAGAUUGAGGACAUAUCAUCUUCCCCUAUACCUGAAGAUUCCUCAGCUACAGAAACAACAAGAUCUCUUCUUUCCUAUUACAGCACACUGACGGACGCCGAGAUUUUGGCCCUGAAGAAAACGCCUCCAUCAUUGCAGAGUUCAAAGUGUGGCAACAGCAUGUUUCGCAAGCAACAUCCUGGAUGCAAAACAAUUGAGGAGGCGCUCACAAAAGCUCCAUCUGAACCCUUGUUUUCGUCGCCCACUGCCUCGCCGACACAACCUCUAACUACAACAAAUGGUCCAACUGAUGUACCUUCUCAGUCACCACCACCCAAGCCAACGAGAGAACCAUCAACACAACCAUCAACACGACCAUCAACACGACCAUCAACACAACCAUCGAUUUCACCGUCCACAAUGGCACCAAGCACUUCCUUUCCUACGGAAUCUCCCACUCGAGUCCAAGAUCGGCCAUUGAAUUGCAUACAAACCGUCAAAGGGAAUGAACUAACCAUUCGAAGCGGUAUCAACUUUCGAAAAGGUGAUGUACACUGCUUGAUUUCGGAUAACGGGGAUGAUGGUGACUCUGAAGCAGAAACCUAUUUUGGAUAUACUUGGACAAAUCAAUUUGGUUUGUUUUCGAAUAAUACGAGCGUGUGGACCGUUCCCAGUGCAAUCGUGUCAAGUUUCGAUCGAUGGACCUUUCAAGACGAUGGCAACUUGGUGUUGCGAGAUGGCAGUGGCAAAUCGAUUUGGACCGCUCGGACCCAUGGCAACCGUGGGGCAAAACUCAAGGUAUCCGUGGAACAAGUAUGGAUUGAAAGCAAUGAUAAUGUGGGAUCGACGGUCUGGUCCCAACCACCCUACAUUGCUACCCUAGCUCCGUUUACUGGUGAAUAUCCUGAUCCGAGUACCGGCCUACAGUAUUAUGCCUAUUAUUAUCCCUGGUACCUUCGCGACAAUUGGUCCAGGCAUGGUUACCAAGAUGAACCUCUGUUGGGAAAAUAUGGAACGGACGAAGUGGCCGUUGCCGAGCAACACAUUGAAUGGGCUCUUCAAACUGGAAUUUCAAGUUGGAUUAUUUCGUAUUGGGGUCCCGAUCAUUUGACCAUGAAGCAUUUUAAGGCAGGCAUGAUGAAUGCGCCCUCCCUUAACAAAAUCAACUUUUGCAUGUUGUAUGAGAGUGUCAUCUUGGACGACCGUGGCAACUGGCGCGAUGGUUCCAAGGAAGAAGCACUCUAUCGCGACUUGAAGGUGAUUGUGGAUGAAUUCUUUGAUCAUCCGUCCUAUUUGAAGAUCAAUGGUAGGCCUGUCAUCAUUUUUUACAUAACUCGAUCUCGAAUGGCAUAUGACGAAGGCUUUGAUGGACCUUCGGUAAUCGCCAAUAUGCGCCGACGAUUGGGUCACGAUAUCUACUUUAUUGCUGACGAACCCUUCUUUGAUUGGGACAACAAAAGUCCGGAAGACAAUGGAAAUGCCUUCAAGGAUGGGAAACAAGUAUUUGACGCCUACACCACCUAUAACAUGUUCCGAAACAGUGUAGUUCGACAAGGAGAGACAGCGACAGACUAUCAAAUGCGAGAAGCCAUGCCGAUUUGGAAGCGGUGGGCCGAGCAGUUGCCAUUGUUUCCCAAUGUCAUGCCGCAAUACUAUGACUUCCGUGGGCACAAGCCAUUGUUGGGAAACUCGGCCGACUUCAUGAAGCAGCUACGAGAAGUGGCAUGUUUGCCGCAGACCAAUUUUGAUGGGGCGCCCCAUAUCAUGAUGAUUACGUCAUUCAACGAAUGGUGGGAAGGGACCCAAAUUGAACCCGAAGAUGGCUCGCCAGACAAUUGGAAUAACUAUGGAUUCCAAUUCAUGGAAACGCUUGCUACAUUCAAGAAGGAAAUGGAUUCCCUUGGAGCGUAUUGGUGUCCGGAAGAUACGAUUGUUGAAGAAGCAGACAAUGGCAAGAGGGGCUAA